CCUUAGAAGCCAAGACAACAAGCAGAGCGAUAUUCACAAAACGAAAGCGGUGAUGUUUCAGAGGCAAGUGGGACUGCCGUCAACUGUUUGUCAAACCACCACGGAGACCUUUACACGGAUUUCAGACCUGUUUCCUGUCUACCCAUGUUGCUGUCGAGCUGUUCAGGGUUGAACGUUUUGAAUGAGUCGUUCUCGUUAUCAUUCCGGAGCAUAUGUUGAGAAACCCGGGGGGAAGAAAAAGGAAACGGCAGUUUAGGAGGCUGUCUGGACCGGAGGACGAAGUGGCUAAUAGCUAAUAGUAACUCAGAGCCACGGUGCCAAGAAGGAUAUUCACACUCAACGUGACAUAGCUGACAAAUAGGACACGGAACAGAAGGAUAAUCUGGCCAAGGAUAACCCGGGCAAUCUUCUGGCAUCGAGAAGAAGAUAAGUUGGUGUGAAGAUAACGAUAGACUACGGCGACGUUGGCCAAUUCUGUCACCUUACAAAAAAAGAAACGCAAAACAAGCGUCCACCCGCCGUGCAGUGUUUUGAGGAUGAACCACUUAUCCAUCAGUGAGCUAUGCUGCCUCUUCUGCUGUCCACCGUGCCCCAGCAAGAUCGCCUCUAAGCUGGCCUUCCUGCCCCCAGAGCCGACCUACAGCCUCAUGUGUGAUGAGAGUGGCAGCAGAUGGACGCUGCAUCUCUCCGAGCGCGCUGACUGGCAGUACUCAGCCCGGGAAAAAGAUGCCAUCGAGUGUUUCAUGACACGCACGUCAAGAGGGAACCGCAUUGCUUGCAUGUUUGUCCGUUGCUCACCCAGUGCCCGGUACACUCUACUGUUCUCUCAUGGCAAUGCAGUGGACUUGGGGCAGAUGAGCAGCUUCUACAUCGGCCUGGGUUCACGAAUCAACUGCAACGUCUUCUCGUACGACUACUCAGGUUACGGCGCCAGUUCUGGGAAACCUUCGGAGAAGAACCUUUAUGCUGAUGUAGAUGCUGCUUGGCAGGCACUUCGGUCACGGUAUGGCAUCCGUCCAGAGAAUGUGAUCGUGUAUGGUCAGAGCAUUGGCACCGUGCCCUCUGUGGAUCUGGCUUCUCGCUAUGAGAGCGCUGCCGUCAUCCUCCACUCCCCGCUCACCUCUGGCAUGAGAGUGGCUUUCCCCGACACCAAGAAGACCUACUGCUUUGACGCCUUCCCAAACAUCGACAAGAUUUCCAAGGUAACGUCACCGGUGCUUGUGAUCCACGGUACGGAGGACGAGGUCAUCGACUUCUCCCACGGCCUGGCUCUGUACGAACGCUGCCAGCGCCCCGUCGAGCCGCUCUGGGUGGAGGGUGCUGGACACAACGACGUGGAGCUCUAUGGACAAUACCUGGAGAGACUCAAACAGUUUGUGGCACAUGAGCUGGUCAACUUGUAGAGGAGCUGGAAGGAAGGGCGGAGAGGGAUGAGGAGAAGAAAGCGUUCAGGAGAGGCUGAUUGAUGGAAGAGGGGUACAACGUUUUCUUCUGUUUUCGUGAAGUAAUGCAGGUUGAAGUGGUGUCUGUCUAUGUAGUACUGACGUUAUGGUGGCUGACUCCUCAUUAUCGAGCACCUCUCCCCUGUCGGAGCUCCAGUUUGCCCAGGGCCUGCCCGUACCGUCCACUCCACAUGCUGCAGCUGUGAACUUAGAAGUACCCAUUAUUUUGUUUAGCUUUUAGACUUUUUUUUUUUUUUUUUUUUUUAAAUCAUGUCGAAAAUUGCACAUUGUGAAAGUGUGUGAAUGAAAGAGCAAGUAGACAUGUCCACAACAGGCAACAUACCAUGUGGACAUGCAAUAUAGAUAUAUGACUGUACGUGUGAAUGCGUCACAUAUUUGCUGCCUUUUGAGGAGGACAUGGUCUACGGUUCAUAAUGGAGACUUCUUGUCAGCUCUUGAGCCAUUUGAGGUUCUAAAAAAAACAGCCUUUGUACAAACUAGUCUGGACCUGAGUCGCUCAAAUCCAGCUGAACUCCAUCUGACUCUGAGGUCCGAUUUGGUUCUACACACUGCAGUCACCAUGGCAUCUUUUUUUGGAGUACUGUUUUGGUAUAUUUUUUAUAUUAUACAUAAUAUUUGCACGUAUCAGCUGUCACUGAAGAACUGUACAUGACAAACUGACAUAUUACCUAGCUGUGCCAGUGUUGCCAAAUGUUUAGUAUAAAAUAUAGCAGAGACUUAGGCACACAAUGAAGUGUACUUUUACAAAUACCAUCUAGAGACAUCUCCAAAGCUCGGUUGGCUGUACUCAAUCUUCUCUGUUUAGUUUUAAAGUGGUACAAUUUGAUGUUGCGGUCUACAGGAAUAUGAUGCAAGAAUGGGUCUCAGCCUGCAACUUAUGUAGCCGGUUGAAAGGCUGGGCCUGUAUAUCGUUGACCAAUAAAGUGGGGGUUAUUUCCUCACACGCAACAAACGUUUCCACAGUUUAACUAGAAGUAUUGUUGCUGUAAGCUUAGUAUCACUACGCUGUAGGCGAUUAACUUGAUGUCUUCAGAGAAAUCGACUGCUGGCCACAUCUUUAGACAAAAUAUCUCACACCUUUUCAGACGUACAUGUUAACCUUAAAAUAAUAACUGUUAUGAAGCCCAUUGAUGACAGUUUUUUUUCUGCCUUUGUAUUUGAAGAUAUCAAGUUAAAUAAUGUGUGUAGUUAUUAUUAUAAAUCUCUCUAAUGUACCACGAUUAGAUCUUUCUAUAGAUAAAUCUUUUUAUAUGAUAAAAAUGUAACUACUGAGACAGCAGCUAACGGUCAAUGCUCUGAUCAAGACUUAAACCACUAAUGCCAAUCAAGAUGAACAUGAUGAACACAACUGGUAUCGACUUUAUUUGGUUCAGGAAGCUGUUUAAAAAAAGUUGUCAAUGUUGUAUUCCAAGUCAUUUAAACAUUACUUGCUGAAGAAUGAAUGGACAGCGGGCUAUAUCUGUGUGAGCAGCUCAGCAUUAAAGGCGUCCGUGAUGGACAGAAUGUUUUCCUUUUUGUUUUUGUCUUAACUUUACCUUUCUGUCUGCAUGAGAUUUUAAAUCCAUUGUUGUGUGUUGAUUUGCCCUUUAAUGCUGAGUGAGGCAACACAAAGCAUUAGCGCGCUGAUGUCUCUAUUAGGCACUAACAGCGGCCUGAGAAGCAAAUGUCAAAGUGCUACUGCAUGCCACGAAUGGCUGCUUUCUCUUGAUGUUUUUGGCCUGUAUAACAAAGGCAGAAAUCUGUAAGAAUUCUCGAUGAAACAUUUUUUAGGGGUAUUUUUAAUACCUGUUUUAAACUUGAGCCUGUAUUCACAAAAGGGGUCAAAUUUUGUUGUUCAGUGACAAUUAACCAAUAAGCCAAUGGGUGCUACUGUAAACCUUCAGGUCUGAUUAAUUACAUGUUGAGUGGAAUUGACCAAGAUCUAGAUCAAGAUCGGUAACUGUCAUGCGUCACUUGAUGGUCUGUUGUUAUGAAAACAUUUUGUCACAACCUAUUUGUCUUAUAAACAAGCUCAUGCUUUUCUUUAUUUUUACUUUGUAAAUAAUAUUUGUACUGGACAUGUUGUCAUUUUUAUUUUUCUUUCAGCUUUUGUCAUCUGUCAACUGUAUUUCUGCUAACUUCUCUAACUCUUGAUAUGACGAUUAGACCAAGGUAGGCCGGCAUUUUGGCUUUUCAGAUGACCUUUGUACUGGUCACCUUGACAAGUGUCAUCUCUGAUUUGAUUAGAUUAAUUUUGUAUAGCAUAUUUCAAUACAGAAGGAACCUAUAUGUAACAAAAUGAAUAUAGUAAUUCUAACAUGGAUAGAGACAAUAAAAUGGUAUUUGACAAACAA